UACAGAGAGAUGUGCAAUGCCACCGAUUAUAAAACUAAAUCAAUCGGAGGUAUGUGCAUCUUACUACAAAUGUGGGCAUGGGAACGAUGUCCAACCUUGGCUCCAAAGAGGACUCCUUCCCAAGUAGAAAAUACACCACUGGGGCAUAGGUGGCUGCGACGUGGAAACCAACAUAUCGGCAAUGAUGAUGUGAGAGUUUUUCGUCGCAAGUUAGAUAUUAUGAAACGUCAUGAGUUUGUGUGGGAGCCGUACCCAUCAACCGUAAUAUCACUGUUGCCUCCCGUUUGUUUAGUCGGAAGUCUCGCGUGGUACGCGGUGGUGCCACUAAUUUGUUUCCAAGUUAUUGAGUGGCACUAACCGGACAGAGUAUUGAGACAAUUUGGGAUGCAACAGCCAAUUCCAGAGUCUCCUUCACAACCCUUAAACAUUCAUGGCAUAACAUUGAAAGGGAAACAUGACGAAAAUUGGGGGCAAUUGUUCGCCCCAAUGAUUGAUCAGUGGAAUAAUCGCCAUGCAUUUAGGGUCGACGCUUAUCCCCGACAAGAAGGCCUAUUGAGUUUUAACUCGGACUACAUGGUCUGGUAUAGGCGAAAGACAAAGAUGUUUGUUGACCCAGCAAAUGCAAAGACGGCUACAUUGGGUGAAGUUGCGGAGGCAUUACAAUACAUGGUGUCUCCUCAAGGGAGGAAUACAUGCACAUUUGAUGAUCUCGUGCCUUAUGUGGAAAAAAUUACAAUUUUAUCCGAAGAGCAAGAGAGAGUCACUGAGCCAGUGUCACAUGGUCCCGCAUCAGAGCGUCAAUUUCCUGCACAACAGUUUCACAUACUUCAGUCAAGUAUUGAAACUCAGGGGAUAGACAGAAGAAGGGACAUUGUUGAAGCGGAAGAAUAUUCCCAACAAAUGGCGGAGCGUGGCCAUGGAAUGUAUUACACGCCACAAACAUUUGCUGAGUAUCCGACCCAGAUGUAUCAAUAUCCUUUUCAGGGUCAUCACACUGAUACUUCUGCAAGCCAGCAAUCGUUCGGUGGUGUUGCGGAAACACAAGCUCAUUUUUCAUGGCCCACAAUGACCCCUACACAGCAAUAUCAUGGCCCAAUUCCAACACCUAAUGCCCCGUUAGGAACACAAUGGAAUGUACCGGGACAAAUACCUAAUACGGGUGACUUAUUCGGUGUUGAUUUGCGGCACGCAUUUUCUGCGGAGGUUGACGAAGAAGAAGCGGGGAGGCAUCGGGGCAGAAGAAAUCCUGAUCGCCAAGCACGAAGAUGGGAUCGACCAUGUGGCACAUCCUCACGACAUCACGGACACCAAAAUGAAUGAUUUGCAUGUCUUCGUUUAUUAAGCCUUUGUUGUAUAUUUGUAAUUUGACAUUCAUGGCGUAAUGUAUGAUAUUCAGUUUAUUAAGGCUUACUUAUGGAUAAUAUUUAUGUCGCGUAUCAAACUAUAAUAAUCAAUGAACCGUAAACCAAAUAAAACUCAAAA